GCGUGUUUUAGUCUUAAUCUAAAAUAGAAGUGAAUUCUUUUACUUUAGCAUAGGUGCAGCCAAAGGCAACUACUACAAUACUAGUAAAAUAAAAUGCCUGUUGCAGGAAUCCGCACUUCAGGUACUCCGUCAAGCAAAAUUGUGCUCUUGGGUGAGUCUACUGUUGGAAAGAGUUCAAUCGCACUGCGCUUUGCACGAAAUGAGUUUUUUCCUGAUCAAGAUUCUACCGUCGGUGCUUGCUAUUUUUCCAGACACAUUGAAGUGCCUUUACGGGAAACGGGACAGUUAAGGGGGGCAACCUCUACCACAGUUGCUAAUACUCCUGAACAUAGUCGCUUUCUCCAUCUUCAAAUGUGGGAUACUGCAGGGCAGGAACGCUACCGAUCCCUGGCCCCUAUAUACUACCGUGAUUCAUCGGGUGCACUAGUGGUCUACGAUAUCACCAGCAGUGACAGCUUUGCAAAGGCUCAGAGCUGGAUCAAAGAGCUGCGCACCAGAGCUAGUCCUACGCUUCUUAUUUUUUUGAUUGGAAACAAAACGGAUUUGGAGUCGAUGCGGCAAGUACCUUACGAGGAUGGGCGUUUGCUUGCUCUCAAAGAGGAAGUAACCGGCUUCUAUGAAAUUUCUGCGAAGGACAAUACAAAUGUUGAGCAGGUCUUCCAGGAUUUGGCAGUGAAGCUGCUGGAUAAUGGGUUGACAAAAGGACAGAGAAACGUGAAUAGUGGUACCAGUACAUCAAUUGGGGAUCGGAAACUCACAUUGGAUCAACAGAAUUCUCAACCCGCUACCUCAACUUGCUGUUUUAGAUGA